AUGCCCAAAGCCGCCGCCACCAAAGUCGCCACCAAGCACAAGUUUGUCAUCGACUACUCGAAGCCCGCUAGCGACGGUGUCUUCGACGGUGCUGAUUUCGAGAAGUUCCUCCACGACCGCAUAAAGGUCGAGGGCAAGGCAGGCCAGCUCGGCGAAUCCAUCAAAAUCACCCGUGAUGGCAACGCCAACAAACUUACCGUCACUUCGAACAUCGCAUUCUCGAAGCGCUACCUCAAGUACCUGACCAAAAAGUUCUUGAAGAAGAACCAACUCCGUGACUGGAUUCGUGUCGUUGCCUCUUCAAAAGACAACUACCAGCUCCGCUUCUACAACAUCGCUGGCACUGGCGAUGAUGAGGACGAGGAGUAG